UUUGUCAUUUUCUUUCUUUUAUAUUUGUGUACUUUUCUUUUGUUGGAUUUUUGUAUCGCUCAUUUUAAUUCGACUAGAGACAUAAGUUAACGAAAUAUGUACACAUGACGAUUGAUUCCUUGCUUCAAAUAUGAUUAGAUUGAAGAUAUUUAAUCCUUUAAAUAUGUAAUGUGGACACUUCUAAUUACAUAUUUAUAAUAUGAAUUCUUGAACCUACAAGAAAAUAAUAUUUUAAAUUCUUUGAUCGUUGAUCAGAUCUAUGUGCAUCAAUACCACAUAGGUCCCACGGUGCGAGUGAGGUCAAUUUUGAUUAAUUUUACAUCAAAAUGAUUAAAAAUAAUAUUAAAAUUAAAGAGGACCUUCUUCUCCGUAUUCACAGAAUACACAUCACCAAUUCUUCUCUCCUCUUUCACACAAAUUCUCAAUGUCAAACAGCCACCGUACUUCCACCGCCGAUCACCGGAAACCUAGCCGCCUCCAACGGCGAGCUCCGGCAUCGAUACAAAUCAACCGGUCAACCGAUUGGAAUGUAGUUAUACCGCUUUUAUCGCCGCUGAUUACUUCUCCCGUUGAUGAUGAAGGUAACCUCAAAUUUGCAAUUAACCGUGUAGCUAAUUCGAGUAAUAAUAGUAAUAAGAAAGAGGAGGUGGUGAAGAAAGAGGUGGUGUUUAAAAAGUGGCAACAUCCAGCGGCGCCGUUUUGUCAUGAACCAGCUGCUGCAGCACCGUUGAUUCAGUUUGCUUGUAGUGGUGCAACUGCUAAUAGAAGGUGAAAUUUAUUUAUAGAAGAUGUAGAAAGAUCGAUGAUGAAUCGUAGUACUAAAGUUUAGAUGUUGAAAUAGACAGAGAUCCCUGAUUGAUUGAUGAAGCUUUUUUAUAAGCUAAUUGUUGAUAGUUUUUGAAUUAGGUUGGAGAACUUUGUAUAAUUAGAGAUGGAUUAUUAACAAGUUAUGAAUACUGAUUUGAAGGAAAAGUUAUGCCUC